CUGACCCCCACAACCACGAUGCGGCCCUUCGUUCUCUUUGCGAUUGUGCUCCCUGCUCUCGCCCACAAGUCCGCGUCAACACCUGAAGAGAAGGUCCUAGAAAGCAAUCUUCGUAACGCUGCCUACCACUGUACAUCUGCUGUAGCCGACUUCACAGCUGCUCGAAGACGCGCGUUUUCGCAGCAAGCACUUGGAUCCGCUGGACAGCCCAGUCUUCCCAGCUACGAUGAACUUUUUACGCAAGAAGCUCUCGCAGGAGUCGAUAGCCCAGCGAAGGAGUUCUUGAGUUGCUCUCCGGUUCAAGACACGCACAUUGAAAACAACACUUGUGUUCUGACACCGGAGGUCACGGAGGGACCUUAUUAUCAUACUGCUGGACAUCCAAUCAGACAAAACAUCGCUGAACUGCAACCUGGCCUCCUUCUAUUGCUUGAUAUUGGCGUUAUUGACGUAGAAACAUGCAAACCUGUCCCCAAUGUCUUGGUCGAUAUCUGGCUGGCUAACGCCACGGGUCACUACGCGGGCCAUCCCGUGCCCGCCCCUCAUCUCGUAGACGAACAGCCUCAAGUUGGCGGAGCACGCAGCGGUUUGCUUUCCGCCUUCCCGCGAACCGUCAAAUCAGAAACUUUCCUGCGCGGCGCCUGGCCAACGGAUCGCAACGGCGUAGCUCAAUUCACGAGUAUCUUUCCCGGAUACUACACAGGUCGCGCAACCCACAUUCACACCAAAGUGUUCCCAGAAUGGACACCAAUCCCGGAAAACAACACCUUCUCUGGCGGCCGUCUUGCCCAUGUCGGCCAAUUCUUCUUUGACGAUGAUAUCAACGUUGUUAUCGAUGGGAUGCAUCCAUAUACCGAGAACCCGAUUCGUCACACGCGAGGCAGGACGCGCAACUGGCGUGACUCGCUCAAUAUCUUCGGGGACUCUCAUAAGAACGGCUACAACCCGAUCUUCAAGACCCACUUCCUCGGCGGUGUCAUUUCGCAGGGUCUGAUUUCAUACAUCACAAUGGGCGUCAACAUGAGCGCGUCCUACGACAAUUUCUGGAAAGGUUGA